UUGUGUCUAUGAGAUGAGUGUGUAUGCGUGCGAGACAGCAGCAGUGGUUGUGUAUUGCUGCUGAUGAGAGAAGAGAGAGAUAAAUAUAACCGUAACAUCAUCCGUCGACUAAAAAACAUCACCGCACGAGCGAUUCUCGAGAUUCAGAUUAACGGAUAAAAUCGUCUACAAGGGAUUAUAAUAAAAGGACACGCGCUUUCCUUGUGGGAAUAUCGGUGGUCUCGAAGUGAUUUCAUCCCGCUAACAGGCUAAUAACAAGCGCAGGUGGAUGACUCGCGCGACUCGACCUGGAUGUUGGCCUCCUUUUGAUAAAGAUUGAGGAAUAACCGCAAAUAAUUGAGCCAGAUGAAGGGAUUCAAAUCAAUUCUGACUAGCAGCCGGAGACAUAUCGAGGAUCGUAUUUUAUUCUAAACAGGAAAAUCAAAUCAAAAAGAAGGGUCGGAUGGGCCAGCUAACCGGCUAGUGGGUUUCCCUCAGAUGGGCAGGAUGCUGAUGCUAGUACAAUCUGUGAUUUAAGGGUUUAUUUUAAUUCCUCUUUACUUUAACACAUUGUAAGACUGUGGUUAACAUAUGAAUCGUUGUUUUGUGCUAUUUUCGAUACGUUAAGCUAUAUUUGAGACCGAGACAAUCGAGGUAACUUAACAGUUAGAUAAUUAAACACACUGCCAUGAAACUAGUUUAUAUGUAUCUAAAAUAGUUUUGUACAACGAAUCUAAUAACUAGGCGUUAAUACUUAAAUAGUCAUUGUUAUAUAAGCCCGUUAUAAGUAUGUAAUGUAACAGUCCACGGUAUUUGCCUAUGAGACAGGUAGUUUUGCUUAACUAACACUGUUAAUAUCACUGCUAAGGGAAGUCUAAAUGAGUUUACAAAAUCUCUAGGCCUGCUUUUACAGUAAACAACAACAAUUUUGAUAUUCAAUGUUAUAUUUGUACUAAUGCUUAUCUCUAUUUUAUGUAUUCUGUAAUAUCUUUACAGAUUAUAACAUUUUUAGGAAUUUUUAAAUUUGUCAAAAAAGUCAAGCGUAUUUUUGGACUGUACUCUUAAACAAUGCUGUUAUGAUGUAUUGAGUGCUAUGUGGAUCAGGAUACUCAUUGAAGUAUAAAAUGAAUGACAAGAUGUGACAUGUUUAAAUGUGAAACAGGCAAAUAAGGCCAAUAUUUUGCAUAUUGGAAAAAAAUAUCUCAUCCGAACAAAAAGGAGCCGUGUUAUGGCAGUGAAUCAUUAUCUCUAUGUUUGCAAAAGUAAACGGUACCAUUUGAUUAUUUACAGACUGGUGGACAUUUAUGGGUUUAAUCAAGAAUUACUUUCUGUGCGUGCGCUGGAAAAGGUCACCAAUUGCGGCUGAAUUCCGAACAUUAUUACCUUGUGGGAUCAUAACGAAAAGUAUUGGAAUCUCUGGAAUAUUUAGAGGGGACACAACUUUGUUUCAAUGGAGCAAGUUCUCUCCAGCCCUCAGGGUUGUUCUGAAUGGGAGGUGAGUGGGAAGGGGGAAUGGGAAUCUGACCCGAAUCCUCUUGGAUUUCUCAUCAUGGAUAAAGAUAACAGUACUGUUAAAGAUUCUACUGAUGAGAUUUUUCAAGAUAAUGCUAUAAGCAUAGAUGACUUAUUUUGGGCUUCUCAGUAUUCAGGACAGUCAUAUCCAUGGGAAAAUGAUCUGGAAUGCGUCUGUCCUGAAUGGGAGACUCCGUCAACUCAUCCCCAAGAUCUUAUAGGCGAGGAUUAUCUGGGGAUUUCUGAUGAUGUUGUUGGAGAUCUCAUCAGUUUUAAUUCUAUGUCUACAUCGCCUGCUUCCUCAGACAUACCUGUGCAGAGUCAAAACAGCUUUUACGACUUUCUAGGAGAACAGACACCGAAUAUCAUGGAACCCACAAAGAAUGCUGCCGUAAAUCCUUUAGAUGAAAUAUGCAUAGAUGAUACAGGCAAUGACUUUGGGUUUCAGACUGAGGAAAAAUUAUUAGAAGAAACACAUUUAACAAACUGUGACUUCAGCCAUGAUUCCCUAAUGGAAAUGUUAUUUGUUAAUGAGGAGAGUCGGAGUUCAUCGUCACAUGAGACUGUGACAUCUUCAGGUUUGUUGCCAGUUUCUCUGGUGGAGGUGUCAUGUACAAACACACAUUCAAAUCCCAAGCCUUCAAUUAUUUGUCAGACACCUCCAGCUACUUGUAAACACGACUACCUUUCAUCCUCUGACUUUCCUCAUGGGCCCAUCACAUCGGCGACAUUUUCGGAGUCAUCUCUACUGCCAUGUCAUGAGGCUAGUGCUUUUUUUCCACAGGAUAAGAUGCAGAUUUUGUCACCGGAGCUUUUGGCUGGAGGUCUGUACUCUGAACAGGAGAGUUGUAAGCCCUUAGCUAGUAACAAUGAGCCUCAGAGCUUGGAGAUAACAGAUGCAAACACUAAAACUACUGAAGAACCAACACUGCUAACAUUUGAAGAAAAGACGGUCUGUACGAGACCAGAGUCUUGCAUAUCACCUGACCCCUGUGAGGAAAUGUUAUGCGACACAUCCACGGGGUGUAAGGAGGUAAGAGAGAAGAACUCACCAAACUGUCUUUCUGACAACCCUCUUGCAGAUCUCACCUCAAUAAAUCCUUUAAAUAAACUUGAGACAGAGGCACCAAUGGAGUCCACAUCAGCCUUAAGUAUCACCACUCCUGAACAUUAUGCCUUACAUGAGCUCCCACCCGAGUAUGACACCUGUCAUGAGGACCACAGCCCUCCCACAUCAUCACCAACUGAUGCUGAUGCCUUAUUUGCGUUACCUAAUAACAAUGAUGGAGACUUUAAUCCUGACAUCACGUUUGACGUUGCGAUAACAGCUUCCUGUGAAGCCAUACAGUCAUCAGAUUCUUGUAAAUCUUGUACGUCAUCCGAGACUGACAACUCGCAGACAACGCAAGAUUGUGAUGCAACCUCCCCUGAUUUCAAAUCUGAUGUCAGAGAUGAACUUGUUACGGAGGCUAUAGAGACACCGUGUGCAGACAUCCCAACCACAACAGAUAACAUAGAGGACCCUUACGCACCCAAAGUUACGGAUACAAAUAUUUUAUCUGAUUUGCAUUACGAUCAAGAGGAAACCACUCUUACAGGCAACUUAAACAGUUUGAAAGUAAAUGAUGAUCUAAGUAGGUGUAUACCUGAAAACCACCAAGAAUUAAAUAAAAUAAGUGAAGAAUGCCAAGAACAAAUCACACUGGUGGAAAGUCUUAAAACUGUGGACCAGUUGAAUAACUGUUCGUCUGCAAAGCCAGGUACAAUUGUAAAAGACACAAUACCUCUCCGUGACAAUCACAAUACCCCAUCGAAAGUUGAGGAGAAACUUCACAGUGUGACUUCACACAAAGAAGAGAUAUCAGAUUACAUGACGUCCAUUCAGAAUCAAGUCAUUCUUCAAUGUGCAAGUGAUCCUGAUUCUCCGGAGUCCACUCCCUUUACCUGUGCAGGUGAUCAGCUGACCACGAUGGGUGGACUUGUGGGGCGGGAUCAAGAGACCACAGAAGUUCCCAACAAGUUAAGUGAAGCUACAGGAGAGAAAGAGGCGGAGCUUCCUGCCCAACCCGCUCAUCAUGAGGAUUUCAAUCAGGUGAUACUAUCACAAAUAGACCUGCCACAGGAGCAACAAGUGAGCUCUCCCCCCAGCUCUCCACCCUCGCCCAAAAAUGUCUUUCCCUGUGGAGUCGGUCUGGACGGGGAGGCUUACCUGACCUUAAUGGAAAAUAAUCCUGAUACUCCCAACAUUCCCAAACAUGCAGAAAUGACUCUGGAUCUUUGCAAGGCCUCAGAUGCUCAGCAGACCAAAUCGCUCCAUGACCAGAGGGUCCCUGCAGAUUUGACAAACGUGCCUGUAGUUUCGGUGACAGCCAGAGGAAACGAGGAACAUUCGCCUCUUCGUGCAGUGUUCCAGGCUUUGGAUCAGGACGGAGAUGGAUUUGUCCAUAUUGAGGAGUUUAUGGAGUUUGCAAAAGCUUAUGGAGCUGAACAGGUGAAGGAUUUAACCAGGUUCUUGGAUCCAAGUGGUCUGGGUGUGAUCAGUUUCGAGGACUUCCACCGAGGCAUCAGCGCGAUCAGUGGCGAAGGUUCUGAUCCAGAUCUUAUCAAGACUCAGCUCAGUUCAGUGGAAGCCAGUGGACCUCCUGAGGAAUAUGAUGAGCAGGCGGAGGUCUCUGACAGUGCCUAUCUCGGAUCAGAGAGCGCCUACAGUGAGUGUGAAACCUUCACGGAUGAAGAUACGACAGCUCUGGUUCAUCCAGAACUUCACGAGGACGUGGAGACCGACAGCGGCAUUGAAAACACACUCACGGAUGGAGAUGAACGCAACAGGUUCACACUGGGCUCUGAUUUAAAUGGCCACAGUAUGAUGGCUGUGAUUGGAGGCGAAGAAGAGCACUUUGAGGAUUUCGGUGAGAGUAAUAACGCAUCGGACCUGCUGCUGGCCGAUCAGGAGGAUGGACGGGAGGCUCUGGAAGAGGAGGGAGAUGCAGAGUCACGCCCACACCCAGACAGUCCACUGCCCCGCCCACUGAUGCUGCUGACACCUAGUUCCAGUAAGAGGCUGUCCAGUAAAAAAGCAGCGAGACACCUGCAGCAGUCCACCAAUCUGGAUGUUAUGGGCGAUCUGACUCAAGAUAUUUUGGACCUCGCAGAUCGGGACAUCACGGACAAGGUGUUACUGCUGGAGAAGCGCGUGUGUGAACUCGAGACUGAUUCGUCGGAGAGCGAGGAGCAGAUUGCUCGUCUGCGGCAGGAGAAUCUGACUCUGGUUCACCGAGCGAAUGCUUUGGAGGAGCAGUUGAAGGAACAGGAGCUCCGCUCGGAGGAGAACACGCUCGCGCUCACUCGUAAACACAGAGACGCUCUUACCAAACUACAGCGAGAGAGAGAUCUCGAGAUCGAGAACCUUCAGGCCAGACUGCAUCAGUUGGAUGAGGAGAACAGCGAGUUGAGGUCGUGUGUUCCCUGUCUGAGAGCCAACAUAGAGAGAUUAGAGGAGGAGAAGAGGAAGCUCCAGGAUGAGUUGGACGACAUAAGUGAGCGACUAAACGAAGAAUCUGAAUCUCGACAGAAAAUGUCUGACAAAAUGAGUCACGAACGUCACACAAAUCACAAAGAGAAGGAGUGCACGCAGGGGUUGAUAGAGGACUUGAGAAAGCAGCUGGAACAUCUGCAGCUGUUUAAGUUGGAGACGGAGGCGAGAAGAGGCCGAUCGUCGAGCAACGGUCUGCAGGAGUACAACACACACAUGAGAGAGAAUGAGCUGGAGCAGGAGAUACGCAGACUCAAACAGGAUAAUCGUGGUCUGAAGGAACAGAAUGAUGAAUUGAACGGUCAGAUUAUUAAUCUGAGUAUCCAGGGAGCAAAGAGUCUGUUUACAGAGUCUCUCUCCGAGUCUCUCGCUGCCGAGAUCAACAACGUCUCCCGCGGAGAGUUGAUGGAGGCAAUUCACAAACAAGAGGAGAUUAACUUUCGUCUGCAGGAUUAUAUCGACCGCAUCAUCGUCGCCAUCAUGGAGUCCAACCCCUCCAUCCUGGAGGUCAAAUAUUAAAAAGAGCAAUGAUGUCUAAUGAUGACCCGAGUGAUUUAUGAACUUAUAGGCUGGAGAUAAAAUUGCACAGAUCUGGAAUGAAUGUAAAGAUUUUAGUCACUAUGUUGAUCAACACCGCUUUCAUACAAAACAAAAAUGAUUUUAUUUGUGUGUGCGUGCAUGUGUGUGUGUGUGUGAUUGGCCUUGAUGGUUCUUGUGACUUCCCAAUAUUUGGGUUUGAGGGACCAUAUCCCUCUCUUUGCAUUUCUGUGUGUUGUUAUAACAUGAGAGAUAUUCAUCGACUGAAUUUCAGUCUACACACGUGCUUAUACACACACAUUCAUGUAGUUGUGCAGUGUAAAUGUUUUUAAGUUAAAUAGCAGUGCAUAAUACAUAAACAGUCACACCAUCAGCCCAUGUGAGGGACAUUUGCUGACCCGAGGGUUUUAUGUGUGAAUAUUAGUUUGCGUUUUAUCAUUGCGAUUAAGCUCAGAUUUAUUUUGUUUACAUAUUGGUUAUAUAAUGUGAGUUUUCAUGAUAAUUCUCAUGUACGCUCGUGUCUCUUAUUUAUUACCAUGAUGCAGAAUGCAAAGGAUCACGAGUGAAUAACACCCACUGAAGAGAGUGUAUGGGUUCAUGAAUCUUUCAGUGUUGCAUUGUGGGUAAUGUUUUGGUCCUGUGCAAUUUUCUGCUGAGUUGCUGGAUAUCUCCGUCUGCCUCCUCUAUCCUGGAUUUAUUCAGAAAGACUUUGAUUUCUUGUACAGAAGACUCUCUUUAAAAUGAGAUUUCACUGGAGCAACUGUUUAUUUUAUUGAAAGAAGAUAUUCUUUAUUAUUUAACUUGUUAAAAAGGUGAAGCUGUUUUAAGGGAAGGUGAAAAAAAUGAAGACAAUUAUUGCUGCAGAGAACAGAAGAAACGGGAAAUGAAGUGAACUGUUCCUGUUUAUCUCGGCAUUAAGCACUGAAGGGAAUCUCACUGGAUAUGGACCUUUAAUUCCUGGUUUUCAAUUCUUUCCUUGCUCUUUCUGUUGAAUAUGAAUGUGUUUUUUUGCUUCAUAUAUUUUUAUGGACAAAAGAAAGUGAGAUACGGUUUGAUUUUGUCUUCCACAAGAGCGAUGUCUUUCCCUCUAUUCCAGUGUUUUGUUAUGGAUGGACAUCUCUCUGAUUUGGCACAAGGAUAAUUAUCUCACUUUGGGAUUUUGAUACUGGCGAAGUGAAGAAAUGGCCAGUGAUACUUCCAGGAUCGAGAUUCAAGACUUUUAAAUGAAGAAUAACACAUUAUGUUGUUCUCAGAUGAGAUCUAAAUAUUUCUUUUCUUUAGUUUGGAUUGUGCAAACUCGGCACUUAACAUCCAGAUUUUUCUUUCUGCUACAAAAGUUUAGUUUGGUUGAUCUGAUCAGAUGAAGGAUGUUUUGUAAAGGACAAUGGUAGAUUAGGGUUUAGGUUGAGGAUAGGUCUGCUAUCUUCAGCUUUUAUUAUUGACCAAAGGAUCUGACCUUCUCAUCCGAAUGGUCUACUGCUGUUCUCGUCUGUAUGGCUGUUUAAGAGCUACUGUAAUUAUAUAUGAUGGACACUUUAACCUACAGAAACACUUUUGCCUCUGAAUUUAGGUUGGCUGGUUUCCUUGGAGGAACUGAAUUUAUUGCUAUUGAUAUGUCUAAUGUUAAACAAAUCCUGUUUAAAAUGUGAACAUGAUUUAAGAAAAAAACAACAACAACACAUUUCCAGUGUCCAAAGAAAACAUUUCACAGCUUGGGAGGAGUUCUGCUUACCACUUAGACUUUAAAAGCCUAUUAAUAGUUACACAUAAAUAUCAAUCCAGAUUAAAACUGAAGAGGCAGUCCUUGUAACAAAGGAUACAAUUGUAAAAAUGUUUACUCUUAAUUCUUAAGGUAACUGUAUAAAGGAAAACUAUCAGUAUUGUCUUCUGUUGAAUGUUUUGCUUUCUUUUGAAGAUGACCCCCUAAGAUGUAUCUUUUACUGUUUGGGGGUCUUAUAGAUUUUCAAAUAAUUGUAUGAAGGUUAAAUGAAAACUGAAAAGAAAUUAGUCACCAAUAAAUUAAGUGAAAAACCUG